GCAAAAUAAACGACGGCGGUCGAGGUUUUUUAACCGCUCGCGGUGGACAUUGCGAUAACUAGGAUAUACAGAACGUUAAUGUCGUGACGACACUCCAUCUGAACAGAAUAAGCAAAGGGAAAUAAAAUAGUCGAAUACUUCUCUCUUCGGCUGCUUACCUGUCGUGAGAGGUUGGCUUUAACGUAGAGAAUACAGUCUGGACUACGACGUCAGGAAGAAAGGGGCGGAGCAUCGACAAUGGCUUGCGGAGCAAGUGAAGGGGAAAGAUGGUUCGGUGGUUCCACAGAGAGAUAACGGGUCUGGAGGCGGAGGCCAUGUUGAAGGCCCGGGGUGUGCAUGGCAGCUUCCUGGCCCGGCCCAGCAAGAAGAACCAGGGAGACUUCUCUCUCUCUGUCAGAGUUGGGGAACUGGUGACCCACAUUCGCAUACAGAACACGGGGGACUACUACGAUCUGUACGGCGGGGAGAAGUUCGCCACGCUGUCGGAGCUGGUGGAGUACUACACCGUCGAGCAUGGCACCCUGCAGGACAGGGACGGCACCAUCAUCGAGCUCAAGUACCCGCUCAACUGCUCCGACCCCACCAAUGAGAGGUGGUAUCACGGGCACUUGUCCGGCACGAAUGCCGAGAAGUUGCUAGGAGAGCGGAACGAACCCGGAACCUUCCUGGUGCGGGAGAGCCUCUCGAAACCUGGGGACUUUGUGCUCUCCGUCCUGACAGAGGAGGCCUGCAAGGGAUCAGGCGGCAAGAGGAGGGUCUCGCAUAUCAAAAUAAUGUGCCAGAAUGACAGGUACACAGUGGGUGGCUCAGAACAGUUCGACACACUUUCUGACCUGGUGGAGCAUUUCAAACGAAAGGGCAUAGAGGAACUGUCUGGGACAUGGGUGUACCUCAAACAGCCGUACUACUCGACCAGAGUGAACGCCGCAGACAUCGAAUGCAGGGUGAAGAUCCUGGGUCAGACCGUGGAUGGAGAGGUCCAAGGAGGAAGUGAGAAAAAGUCUAAAGCAGGCUUCUGGGAAGAGUUUGAUUUCCUUCAGAAACAGGAGGCAAAGGUGAAGAAAAGCCGAGAGGAAGGAAUGAGACCAGAAAACAAGAGCAAAAAUCGAUACAAGAACAUCCUUCCUUUCGAUGAAACCAGGGUGGUACUGCAGUCUGGUGACCCUUCUGUCAUUGGCAGUGACUACAUCAAUGCCAACUACGUCAAAAAUAAGUUGAGGGAGCCUGGGGACCAGAAGGUGUACAUUGCCACACAAGGUUGCCUUGUUACAACUGUAAAUGAUUUCUGGGAGAUGGUGUGGCAGGAAAAUACCAGGGUUAUUGUCAUGACAACGAGGGAGGUGGAGAAGGGCCGGAACAAAUGUGUUCCGUAUUGGCCUGAACUUGAGGGGUCUAAGGAAGCCGGUCGGUAUAUGGUCAAAUGUCUUGAAGAGAAAGAUUGCACGGACUACAAGAUUCGAAUUCUGAAAAUCUCAUCUCUUGAACAGACGGAAUUAUCUCGGAAGAUUUGGCACUACCAGUACCUUAGCUGGCCUGACCAUGGCGUGCCACAGGAUGCUGGCGGUGUGCUGAGCUUCAUGACUCAAGUCAACAGCAGACAGAUGGAGUUCCCCAACGCUGGGCCUAUGAUCGUACACUGCAGUGCUGGAAUAGGCCGGACUGGUACCAUAGUGGUCAUUGACAUGCUGGUAGAGACCAUCGAUGCUAAAGGCCUGGACUGUGAUAUUGACAUCCAGAAGAGCAUCCAGAUGGUGAGGGAGCAGCGUUCAGGCAUGGUGCAGACCGAGGCCCAGUACAAGUUCAUCUACCUGGCUGUGUCUCAGUAUAUUGAGACCACCAAGACGAAGAUGCAAGCCCUCAGUAACACUGAGACGGAGUACGGAAACUUGUCCCUGCAGCCCAAGCCCAAAGCCAGCCGGAAGGUUUCUAAGAAUAAAGAAGAUGUGUAUGAGAACCUGGCGGCAAAGGGAAAGAAAGACGUCAAGAAGCAAAAAUCAGAGGAGAAGAAGAGUGGCUCUGUGCGAAAGAGAUAAUUCUGGAAAAAAAAGAUUACGGAGCUUAUUAUAUAACUCCCAUGAAGAGGGUGUUGUUGUUUUGUUUCUAUGAGCUUUACAUUUUCAAAUGUAUUGAUUUCACUUUGUAUUUAAAACUUUAUUUUUGAUGUCCUUCCCAAAUGACUAAUGUAUAUGGAAUAUGAUCGGGACAACACGGACACAAGAAAUUGUAUACCUGCCAUGACAGAAGGAAAAAAAAUCAGUGCGUAGCAUUGUUUAGCUUGACACUGGGUCUGUUGAAAAGAAUAAAGUAAGAAGUAUUUGUGGUC